AAAGUCAUAACUUCAGCUGCCUGCCUUAGCCUAACCAAUAACCAUCACUUUCCUACUAGCAGUAGCAUCUCAUCAAUCAUCAUCAUCAUCUGCCUAUUUCCUUUGAUUCUUUUAUCGGACUAGUACUAACUGGCUCUUUCCUUUGAGCAGCAGCUUCCUCGCUUUGUCAUCAAUAGAACUGACAACUUAACUCCUACAUGCACAUGCACUUUUGCAUGAUUCAGAUAUUGGGUAGCCCAAUGUUUGAUUGAGGGUUGUAAGACUUUUUGGUUUUGCAGUUAUUUGAUUUAAGACUUCUUGGAGAGAGGGAUGACGGUACCGGCGAAGGGGGAUGAGUUGGUGCCACACCCGGUGAAAGACCAGCUCACCGGCAUUGAUUACUGUGUCAACAGCAACCCUUCUUGGCUCGAAGCAGUAAUUCUGGGAUUUCAGCACUUCCUGGUGAUGAUAGGGACUACAGUCAUCAUCGCCACCAUCAUUGUUCCCCAAAUGGGCGGUGGUAAUGUAGAGAAAGCUCAAGUGAUACAAACUAUGCUCUUUGUCUCAGGAGUGAAUACAUUGUUACAGACUUGGUUAGGAACCCGGCUUCCGGUCGUGAUGCGGGGAUCAUUCACUUACAUAAUCCCAGCUCUUUUUGUUGCUUUAGCCACUAGAUUCAACGUAUAUGUUAAUCCUCGUCAGAGAUUCAAAAACACGAUGAGGGCAGUUCAAGGGGCUGUCAUGCUAUCAGCCAUACUCCCAAUAUUGAUUGGUUUUUUGGGUCUUUGGAGAAUUGUCGUGAGGUUCAUUAGCCCUCUUUCCGCUGUUCCUUUGGUAACUCUGGUUGGCCUUGGGCUUUAUGAACACGGCUUCCCUCUGCUGGCGCAAUGUAUCGAGAUUGGUCUUCCAGAAUUAAUUAUUCUGGUUCUAUUAUCUCAGUAUACGCCUCACUUCUAUAAAUUGAACCGCCCCAUCUUCGAUCGAUUUGCUGUCCUAAUCGCUGUAGGACUGGUAUGGGCAUAUGCUGCACUUUUGACUGUUGCUGGUGCAUACAAAAAUAGCCCCCCACAAACUCAGUUCAGUUGUCGUGUUGAUCGAUCUGGGCUUAUAAGUGGAGCUUCAUGGAUAAGAUUCCCGUAUCCAUGGCAAUGGGGUACUCCCAGUCUGCACGUUGGGGAAGCUAUUCUGAUGCUGGCAGCUGCUUUUGUUUCUGUUGUUGAGUCUACCGGGGCGUUUAUCGCAGCAGCAAGAUUUGGGAGCGCAACUCAUACUCCGCCUUCCGUUUUGAGCCGUGGUGUUGGCUGGCUGGGGAUAGCCAUUUUGUUUGAUGGAUUAUGGGGGACAGGAAGUGGAUCGACUGUAUCAGUUGAAAAUGUUGGUCUGCUGGCAUUGACGCGUGUUGGAAGCAGAAGAGUAAUCCAAAUAUCAGCUGUUUUUAUGCUUUUCUUCUCCAUAUUAGGGAAAUUUGGAGCUGUUCUCGCUUCUAUUCCAUUGCCUAUUGUUGGAGCACUCUACUGCGUGUUGUUCGCUUUGAUGUCUUCUGCAGGUCUUGGUCUACUUCAAUUCUGCAACCUCAAUAGCUUCAGAACCAAGUUUAUAUUAGGCUUCUCCUUCUUCAUGGGCCUUUCAGUACCGCAGUACUUUAACGGCUAUGUUUUAACAAGCGGCCAUGGCCCCGUCAACACACAUUCCCUCUGGUUCAACAAAUUGAUGACGGUGAUCUUCACAUCCCCGGCUACCGUAGCGGGCAUUGUGGCCUUAUUCUUGGACAUGACGCUGGCACGCAAGCACAGUCUAACCAGGAAAGACAGCGGUAGGCACUGGUGGGCAAAGUACAGGACCUUUGAGAGAGAUCCCAGAAGUGAAGAAUUCUAUGGUCUCCCUUUUGGCCUUACAAAAUAUUUCCCCUCAGUUUAAUCACAUACAUUCAACAUUGCCGCUUCAUCAUACACUCGCAGCAGUACAAUGGGCAGUGACAUUCUUAUUUUCUUCUGGUUUAUACCCUGUUAAGAUUAAUGGUAGAGGGAUACUUGGGAGGUAAAAAGAAAAAAGAAAAAGAAACCUCAUUUCUCAUACUAUUAGAGAUGAUGGAAAAGUAAUUCGGUACACAGAUGAUGAUAGUAGUUUCAAAGC